AUGGUUUCUUCAAAACGUUCAUUGAGCGCUGGAUCGCUGAUGCUCGCUUUAUUAUGUUCCCCCGUGGCAGCCACAACUUACUCCCUGGUGGAGACUUGGCAGGGGAAAAAUUUCCUGGACUAUUUCAAUUUCCACGUUGGUUCUGACCCGACCAAUGGCUUUGUCAACUAUAUCGACAAGGAGUCCGCCGAAAGUUCAGGCCUUGUCAAGAUCACUGAUUCUGGCAGUGUGUAUCUUGGUGUCGAUCAUGCUACCAAGCUCGAUCCGUACGGCAAAAAGGGCCGUGAUUCGGUCCGUAUUGGUACCAAGAAAUACUACGACCAGUCUCUCGUCAUCGCCGAUAUCGCCCACAUGCCUGGUAGCGUCUGCGGUACCUGGCCCGCCUUCUGGUCCGUUGGAAAGAACUGGCCUGGAGACGGCGAGAUCGAUAUCAUCGAAGGAGUCAACAUGCACAAGCACAACGAAAUCGUCAUGCACACAUCCGGCACUUGCAGUAUGACAGAUACGGAUAUGACCGGUUCGGUCAACGCUACAGGCUGUGGCGAGGAGCUAGGCCCCGUCGGUUGUGUGAUUGAAGGCCACGAGGGCAGUUAUGGCACGCCUUUCAACGAGCAAAAAGGUGGUGUGUAUAGCUUGCAGUGGACAGACGACUUCCUCAAAAUUUGGUACUUCCCCCGACAGUCGAUCCCGGCCUCGAUCACUAGCGGCAAGCCCGAUGUGACGGAAUUCGGUACCCCGAUGGCCGUGGUGGCGGAAUCAUGCGACGUUGGAACUGCUUUCAAGGCGCAAUCAUUUGUAUUUGAUGUCACUUUCUGUGGAGACUGGGCGGGUGGUGUGUAUGGUGGCUCUGGUUGCCCUAUGACCCACGAAAACUCCUUCCAGAGCUGCCACAACUACGUCGCCAACAAUCCGAGCCAGUUUGCGGAGACCUACUGGGAGAUCAACUCGGUCAAGAUCUAUCAGACUGGCGCCAAGGCGAAGGCAAUUGCCUCAGCUGCGUCAUCCGAGCCUGAACCGGCUACGACUACCGCUGCUCCUGUGGUUUCACACACAACUACUCAGACGCACACUACUCACACCGUUACUGCCGAGACACAUACUACCCAAACUGCUCCUGUGCACACAACCACUUCCAAGGAGGAAACUGUCGGAGUAAUUCAGGAACUUACUCUCACAUCUACUCCUACAGUCGCAGCUACUACCGAAAACCCCACCACCGAAGAAGUCAAACAAUCUUCCACCGGCAAGAAGACUCGGACUAUUACCUCUUUCGUUACUGCAACUGAGACUAUCUGCCCCGACGCCGAAAAGUCUUCCGCUAUUUCUGCCGACUCCUCAGCAACUGCUCCCGUUUCAGCUGUGGAAUCUGUCCAAACCCCAACCACCGUCAAAGAUACGAAGCCAACGACUGCUGGCGCUGGUGUGGAUGCUCUCUCCAGCCACGCAUCCGUCCCGACUAGUCAUGGCCACGCUAGCUACAGUUCCGCCCCCGGUGCAACCUCCGGUGCUCCUUGGUCGCAGCCUCCCCUCCCCUCUGCUGUUGUUUCCUCCGUUCCAUACGAGGCCUCCAAAGCUCCGAACCCUGCCCCUACUGAUGCCCCUACGGAGGACGCUACAUCUGCUACAUCUGGCUCCUAUGUUCCUAGCGGCUCUCAAUCAGGAUUCGGUCCUGUCUUCACUGGCGCCGCUGAUCGGUUGUCCAUGAGCAUCUCAGCUCUCUUCUUUGGAUUCAUUGUUGCCUUUUUGGCUUAG